GGACAAUAACUAUCUUACAACAGGGAGAUGUCUGUUCUUACACAGACAUCUUGAGUGGACUCAAUAUCAGCCUUGACUCAAGUCGCCUUUUCCCAUUCUUUAAUAGUGCUCUGAUUUAAAAGAGCUGAUGACUCACAAUGCUCUCAGCCCCUCACUAACACAAAGGACGGUAGCACUUACAGUUAUAAACCUCUCCAGAACCCACCAUAGUCAAAUUGGGCUCAUCCUUCCUUGAAAGAAUAUCGUCUGUUUAUUUGUGAGGCUACUAUCUGAAAUGGAGCCACCCAAGGACAACAGGCCCGCCGAUUCGGUGGGGCCCAAAAGCCAAAGACCCAGACCCAAACCCAACACAACCAAGGCUUCGGUUCCUAAAGAUAGUGUUCCUGAUGACCCAAAGGCCAUGUUCAAGGUUGGGUUUCUUGCUGAUGUUUACGGCCUGAACCCAGCUGAGAAGGUUGUCACCCGCUUCCCACCCGAACCCAAUGGUUUCCUUCACUUGGGCCACAGUAAAGCUAUCGCAAUCAACUUCGGAUUUGCACAAUAUCAUGGCGGCGGUUGUUAUCUUCGAUAUGAUGAUACAAACCCUGCUAAGGAGGAGGAGAAAUAUUUCACUGCUAUCGCGGACAUGAUUCAAUGGUUGGGUUUCGAGCCCGUCAAAGUCACCUAUUCGAGUGAUUAUUUUGAUCGUCUGUACGAACUCGCAGAGGAUCUCAUUAAGAAAGACGGCGCCUAUGUUUGUCAUUGCUCUAAAAGCGAGAUCUCUCUCCAACGCGGUGGUGGCAAAGGUACCACCCGUCGCUAUGCUUGCCCUCACCGCGAUCGGCCCACCGAGGAGUCCCUUGUUGAGUUCAGAGCCAUGCAAGUUGGAAAGUAUGCGCCCAAAGAAGCCACACUUCGUAUGAAGCAGGACCUGGAGUCGGGGAAUCCCCAAAUGUGGGACUUGGCGGCUUAUCGUGUCAUUCAGCCCCGGAAGGGUGAUGUUGACGAGGGCAAAGCCGAACAGAACUUGGGUAUCCACCAUCGCACUGGAGACAAGUGGAGGAUCUAUCCGACCUACGACUUCACGCAUUGUCUGGUUGAUAGCUUUGAAGGGAUAACGCACUCGCUUUGUACGACUGAGUUUGAGCUCUCAAGGGUUUCGUAUAAUUGGCUUUGUGAUAAGUUGAAAGUCUACCGGCCCAUGCAAAGAGAAUAUGGGCGCCUUAACUUGGCUGGCACAGUCCUGUCCAAGCGGAAAAUCAUGGACCUAAUCUCGAACGGACAUGUUCAUGAUUGGGAUGAUCCUCGUCUAUACACACUUAUUGCUCUGAAGCGUCGAGGUGUUCCGCCUGGCGCUAUUCUUUCUUUUGUCAAUGGGCUUGGUGUCUCGAAGGCAACAACCGCUAUAGAUAUCAGGCGGUUUGAGCAAAGUGUAAGACAGUACUUGGAACGCACUGUGCCACGCUUGAUGGUCGUUCCCGAUCCUAUCCCUGUUGUGAUCCAAAAUCUUCCUGAAGACUAUCUGGAAAUGGUGGAGGUGCCUUUCUCGAAAGACCCUGAAUUUGGUACCCACACUGUCCCGUUCACCGGAACGGUCUACAUUGACCGAUCUGACUUCCAGGAGACUGCCAGCAAAGAUUUCUUCCGGCUAGCUCCUGGCAAACCAGUCGGCUUGUUGAAGGUGCCGUAUCCCAUAACGGCAACCAGUUUUGAGAAAGACCCGACUACCGGACUCGUAACGUCAAUACGUGCUCACUACGACAAGCCCGAGGAGGGUACCACGUUCAAGAAACCCAAGGCCUACAUACACUGGGUCGCAGACUGCCCAUCUUUAAACAGUCCCAUCAAGGCCUCUGUCCGCGUCUACGAUCCCCUCUUCACCGUCAGCAAUCCAGACUCGCACCCUGAUGGUUUCCUCUCCGUCGUCAACCCGAACUCAGAGCAAGUCUUUUCAAACGCACUGGUUGAAGUAGGCCUCAAAGAAAUUAUCCGUAGCGCCCCGUGGCCCAAUUUCAAAGGGGAGCAAUCGCAAACGUCGGACAGCGCGGCGGCGCCUCCAGAGUGUGUUCGGUUUCAAGGGAUGCGCGUAGGGUAUUUCUGCUUGGACCGCGACAGCACAAAUGACAAAAUUGUGCUAAAUCGGAUUGUGACUCUGAAGGAGGAUCCGAAGAAAUGAUAAUAGCUGGGCGGUGUUCCUGGAUUAUAACCGUAAGCGGCAUGAGGCGAGGCGGCACCGAGUGUUUGGGGAUCUUCGGCCGUACCUGAAGUGGGGUUGGACACGAUGACUUGUCUAGCUCUACUAGAUUUAACUUUAUAACUAGGUUACAGUGUGCUUCAUGGUGUUAUUAGGAGGGAAGAUAAUGAUGAAAGGCAGGUAUUUAUACCUUAGUUAGCUGCGGAGUAGGGCAUGAAUCUAUAGACUAUUUUAGAUGAGAC